GGCGAAGCUCACAUGCACCGACGGCUGACCCGAAACGAAGCCAAAGCUUGCAGUAUAAGAUUGAAAUUUGGGAAUUGUGAAUUUGGAUAAACCCUAGAUUGGAAUCGAUAGAUUCUCUAUCCAUUUACGUAAAAUUCAAGCUCAAUUUCUACAGUAACGCCCAAAUUCACUGCAUUUUCUCUCUCAUCCCCUAUAAACUCGAUGCAAUUUCGCAGGUUCUACACCUCUCUAGCGAAUUCUAACCGCAACCCAUUUCUCCUAUAUCGAAAUCUCACAAACCCUUUUGCUGUUUUCGACCCUAACCCACAGUUUCUCUCUACACAAAGAAUCUUGAAAAACUGGGUUCAAAGGCCAAUUCGUGUGUCGAAACGUUUUGUCUCAUCAUUUCCUGCUAUGGCAGAAGGAAGAAGACCCACUCAUGUGCCUAUACCACCCCCAGAAACUGCUGAUAAGGCGGAAUUGUAUCGAGCACUUGAGGCUGCGGUGGGGUCGCAGUUUAGUUCAGAGCCAUUGGCACCGGAGCCUCAUCCUUUGAUUAUUGUGGUUAGUGGUCCAAGUGGGGUUGGUAAAGAUGCUGUGAUUAAAAGGCUUAGAGAAGUUAGGGAGAAUAUUCAUUUUGUUGUUACUGCAACGACAAGGGGGAAAAGGCCGGGUGAGGUUGAUGGAAAAGAUUACUUUUUUACGAGUAAAGAAGAGUUUUUGUCAAUGAUUGAGAGACAUGAGUUGUUGGAGUAUGCAUUGGUGUAUGGGGAUUAUAAGGGUAUACCAAAGCAACAAAUUAGGGAUCAUAUGGCUAAAGGAUUGGAUAUUGUGUUGAGAGUUGAUAUACAAGGUGCAGCAACACUGAGGAGGAUUUUGAGAAAUUCUGCAGUGUUUGUGUUCUUGGUGGCGGAGAGUGAAGAUGCAUUGGUUAAGAGGUUGAUUGAUAGGAAGACUGAGACUAAAGAGACUUUGCUAGUGAGAAUUGCAACGUCUCGAGAGGAAGUGAGGCAUAUGGGGGAGUUUGAUUAUGUGGUAGUGAAUAGAGAAGGAGAGUUGGAGAAUUCUGUUAAGUUAAUGGAGUCUAUUAUUGAUGCUGAGAAAGCUAAAGUGAGGCAAAGAACAGUGACAAUUUAGAGAGUCUGUUUUUCAGUUUUUUGAUCUGUUUUUGAUUAAGUUGAGCUGAUACUCUUAAUGUUGUCUUGUAUUCAAUUUAUGCAACAUUGUUUUUCCUACUUGUGUUAACCGUGUCGAGCUCUUGGUUGGUUAAAGUAGAUGAGAUGUUACUUCUUGCCUUUGAUCGA